UGCUCCGUUGAGUAGAGGCGAGGGAGCAGCAGGUGGAGAGACACGGAGGCAGCAGCAGACGACCUGAGCAAAGCCUCGUCGGCGAUUACAUAAAAUCCUCGGCCGUCCAGCCUCGCCACACUCCUUGUCCUCACCUCCCUCACCGUGUAUAGCCCUCGACAUGGCUGCUGCAGCGACCAAUGCCGUCUACAGUCAAGUGUUUAAGAAAAAGUUAGCAGACGUGUUUCGAGUGGGAGCUGGUGGCGGCCUGUGUUUUUGCGGCAUCAAUAUGUACUUCAAAAACGAUAAGUUUUAUGAUGACUGGGUGAUGCCCAUCUUCAACCGCAUGGAACCCGAGACAGCCUAUGCUGUGGCACAACAGGCAGCUAAAUAUAAACUCGUUACAAAGGAAAAGCUGCAGGAGUCAAGACUUUUGGUGAGUACUCAGCCGUCAUCUAAAGACAAAAUGGAUCAUGAGGACUUAGCUCAAGAAGAGGAUGAGUCUUGUAAAGCUUUUGACUGCAUUGGAGAUGAGUUCAGGGGUUCCACUGACGACCUGAUUGGCCCUCAGUAUGAGAAAGAUCUAACUCAAACCUUGGAGCCUGUGUGUCAGUCAAGGGUUUAUGAUUCAGAAUUUGAGCCUGAUGAAACGUGUUCCGGGUUUUAUGGUGACGAUGCCAGUGAGAAUUGUCAACACCAGCUGGGCAGUAAUAUUAGGGAACCGUGUGGCGACUGUCAUCAGGCUCUUCAAUGUAUAGGUGAUGAGUCCAAAGUAUGCAGUAUCAAGAAGACUUUUGUUGGAGAUAUGAGCCACUACAGGAGCGACCUAAGGGCGUGUGCCUGUAAUUCUCCAAAAAAUGAACGGAACUGCGUAACACCUGACUCUCCCUCCCUGAGCAUGAGAGUUAACAUAGCCUCACCACUGAGGAGUAGCAAGAUGUCCCUAGCCACUAUGGUGGACGGUAGCAACCCCGCUUAUGAUCAAGGUAAUGCUGACGAAGCUGUAGAUCUAAUUGACAAAGUAAAUUUGGAAAGCAAUUGUGAAUUAGAGGACUGCAUAGCAUCCCAUGUACAUGAUGGCUGCAGGACUAAUAUAGUUUCUAUUGUAGAUGGUUUAGGUGAAGUGUACAAGUCUGACAGUAGGGACAAAUUGACCUUCUCAACAACAUCUGACCAGCAUAAUGGUAAAGACUCUCCUGAUUUGGUUUAAAUUAUAAUAGCGCAUUAAUAUAAGCAAACACAAGCAUGAAUAUAUCGUAUUCCCCUCAAUGCAGAUUUGUCCCUUUUUAUAUAUGAACUUCAAUUACACAGCAUGGGCACACUAAUAUCUUACAAAAUGUAAGAUUAUCGGUAUUUAACUUUCUUACGAAAUCUAGCACGAAAACAAUACGAUGCUUAUUUUUAUACAUACCAUAAUCCUGAAAGUGUCAACUAUAAAGAUUACAUGACAAAAGGAAUCAUUAUGGCGCAUUCACUUGAUAAUUUAACUUUAACAGUGAUUGCAAAGUCAUAUGCAGGCAAAUAUUGUUAAUUUUUUCUAUUUAUUAAUUUUAAGUUUUGAAUGUAGAAGCUUUCAUUUUUGAAUGCAUUAUUAAUUCAUGCAUUAGCAAAUCUGUCUAUUGAACUGAGAUAAUUUACAUUUAUUUGCCUAUUUUAACUAUUCUUUAUUUUAUUUUAGUUUUGGUUGGCAGAGUGCACCAGCGCGUACAUGCUUUAUGACGCACUAAUAACGAUGUUAAGAACUACAGCCGCUAGUCCACUUUCUUAUGAGAGAAACUGCUGCGGACUUUGGAUAUUUUUAUGAUCGUAGUUUCAGUGAAAAUUCUAAAAGUGUCGAGUUAAUAAUGGAUAUUAUACACUACCUUAGUUUAGCGUUAACGUUAAUUCCUGAUGGAUAUUUUGCCUGUUUAUUUGAGCUUUGCUUUGUGUCUUAGUUUUUAUUUAUAUAUUUAUUUAUAUACAAGAAGGUACAUUGGGUUGUGAGAGUACAUAACAUUGGUGUUCUUACAUUCUUGUAAAGUCCCUAACACGCAUAGCAUGUCAGGCAGGUCCUUAAUCAAGCAUAUAAAAGUAAGACUAUUAAUAGGCACAUUGUAGCAGAAUUUGAUUUCAACAUAAUUAUUACAAUAUAAAUUUAUAGUAUUGAUUAUACUGGUGAAGUUGCAUGUCUUAAGUACUAAAAUUGGGUGAGUGGGUAGCACAAGGUACAGUGUGAAUUUGAAACACAAGGUAGGAAACUAUGAGGAUAUAAUUAGGUACAUUUUAGUUUUACUUUUGAAAAAGGCAUAGGUUGGGCAAUUUUUAAUUCAUUAGGGAGUGAGUUUCAUAGACUGGAUCGUUUUAUUUGCAUUGAGUGUUUGCAAAGAUUUAGUCUGACUCUGGGGAUAUCAAAGGGAUAUUUAUUUCUGGUGUGGUGCUCGUUGGUUCUAUUACAUCUAUCAAGGAAGCGUUUCAAAUCAGAGGAUUAACAUUUAAGAAAAAGGUUUUGUACAUGUAAAUAGCACAAGAGAAUGUGUGGAGUGAGUGUAUGUUCAGCAUAUUUAGGGAUUUAAACAUGGUCUGUAUGUUGUCUGAAGACAGUCUGUUAUAGUUCUGAUAAAAUAUUUUUGUUGGGUGAUGAUAGGCUUGAGGUAAUUUGCAGUGGUUGAACACCAUGCACAGAUAGCGUAUGUAAGGUGGGGGAUACAUUAGCGAAUAAUGUAGUGAAAGAGCAGAGUGGGGAAAAUAAUAUCUGAUUUUAGAGAGUAUACUGACACUUUCUGAGACGUUUUUGGUAUGUGUUGUAUGUGGGUGCUGAAGUUUAGUCCGCUAUGUAUAGGCCAAAAAAACUUUUGCAUCGAUUUUAUUGCUAAUGUUAGCAUUGUUUAUCUAAAGGUGAAUUUGCCUUCAUAAUUUACUUUCAAAUAAAAUGUAGUAGGUUUUUACUGUACUUAGUAUGAGUUUGUUGGGUGACAUCCGUGAGUGUACCUUUUUAAAUCUUUAUUUACAAUAAUAUUUAGUGUAUGUGGGUUUGGGUAUGGAUAGAUGAAGGUAAUAUCGUCAGCAAAUAGCAUAGGAUUAAGAAUGUUAGGGACAUUUGGCAAAUCAUUCAUGUAUAUAAGAAAUAGGAGAGGUCCUAAGAUGCUGCCUUGUGGAACUCCUAUGGUUAAUGGUAGAGUGGGGGAGGUCAUGCCAUUGAUGACUAUAUAUUGGUGUCUGUCAUUAAGAUAAGAUCGAAUAUAGUUCAGAGCAAGGCCUCGGUUUCCAUAGUGGUAAAGUUUAAGUAAGAGGUAGUUAUGGUCUGCAGUAUCAAAGACCUUUCUCAGGUCAAUAAGAAGCCAAUUGGGAACUCAUUUUUGUCAAAGGCUGUAUAGAAUAUAUUAAGCAGACUAAUAAUUUGCACCAUUGGUACUCUUUUGGGAAUAAACAGUUAUAUAUAACAUUAUCAGGAGAUUUUAGUUUUUUAUAGUUUACUUUAUUUAUUAUUUUUUAUGGUAUGAUGAAUCUAUGAUGAAUUCAUUAUUUAGCCUUUUUUUACGCACAUUACAGAAUGUAAUUUUAAUUUUUUUAAAGUGGAAUUUAGUUGCACAUAAUUUUAUUUCUAUAAUUUACCUACACAUAAAUUUUAGUUUGAUUGAUUGAAAAAAAAGGAAACAGUGUGUUUAAGUCUUAUAUUAACACUUAAACUUUCGGGUAAAUUUCCAAAACAAGCCGUUAACGAUUAUAGAGUAAUAAAAUUAAACAGAAAAUCUCAUGCCAUUACAAGAGGAAACAUGGACAUAUACAGAGAGAAGUAUUCCCUACUUCCUGGUGUAUACCCGUCGAGAGUUUAAGUCCUGAAGUAUAUUGACGCCUAAAGAAUACUUGAUGGUUGGUCAGUAUACUAUUGUGGUGGCCUUAAUAACCCUCCAGAGGGUGAUAGGCUUAAGCUAAACGCCAAACUUAAUGAAUAUUCUGGAAUUUUGAUUAGUGAGAUUAUUGUAAGAGUAACGUUCAGACAAUAAUUUUCUUAGUGAGAAUAUCUGCUGAUGUGAACUUUACCAUUUUAACAGGCAGUUAAAGAAAAAAUUGCAUGCCUUGAUAAGUGAAAUGCUUUAUACAGUGCUAGUACUGACUGACCUUAGAACUCGAUUUCUAAUAUAAUACAUAUGUGGAUCUUGAACUCUAUUAAGAAAAAUAUCAUUAUCGUAUAUAGGAUAAAAACCCACACGUGUAUUUGUGAAAUUUAUGUAAAGAAAUUACAUAAAGUCUUUUACACUCUCCUGAGUACUGUCAGGUCUGAGUAUGUGGUCAGGACGAGACUUACUUCUCAAUGUCUAGACGAGGACAAAGCACUCAGGAGAGUGCGAAAGACUUGGUGUAAUUUCUUUACAUAAAUUUAACAAAUACACAAGCGUGGGUUUUAAUCCUAUGUUAUUAUGUCUGUGAGAACACAUUACCAUUACUUAUUAUCAUAUAAGUUAUAUACGGCAUGUCAUCAUUUUCUUUUUAUUAUUAUUUGAAUGAACCUGCAAGAAGCAUUCAAAUUCCGACUUUACAUUAAGGAAAAUGUUCAUUAAAUGAGUGUCUGGCGAGAUAAUCAAUGACUCAGAUCUAGUGGUGUGGCCGAUGGCUUUUAAUAUGUUAAAUGCAAAUGAAAUGGCAGCU